UACCUUAUGCAAAUAGUCGAUUGGCAUUGAGAUCGGAGCCGUUCCCUACGAGAAACUUUUUUCAACUUUGUCGUCGCUUCACCCCUAUCUCUCUAUCCGCAUAACCGGUUCGACAUAGCAUUCUAGUAUUCCAAACCAUUAGGAUUAUGGCCCUUCAAGGCAUCCAGAUAUAACCGUUGCCAAUAUCUAUGCAUCCGUUCCUCGACUAGUUGAGUUCCACUACUCAUUUUUGCACGGAAUAUUGAUCUCUUUUUAUGUGCUUUGGAGACGCCGUUACGCCCAACCACUUGCUGUCAUAGCGUAACUAUUAUAUAAAGAUGUCUACCCUCGCAAUGCCUUCUCCGCCAUACCAACAUGGGUUUGCACACGGAAUGGCUUGGCAAGAUGUCCGACCUGAACCAUCAUCCAGGUCACGAGAUAAUAAUAUCGCUUUACCAUCUAUCAGACAGGCAUUUCCAGAACUUCAGCUACAAAUACAAGAAGAGAAAAUAUCGCCUUCAUCCAGUUCAUUGUUCGAAAAGGGAUCCAAUAGUUGCGUAGCGCACAGAGAUUACAUUCAUUCACCAACGUAUCAAAAAAGACGUCGUUCGUCAAUUUGGGAUGGAGUGGAAGUUGAGAGAGUACAUCCAGCCCCGAGACAUAGCCGCCCCGGCUCGGCCAGCCAUCGACCCCCUUCGCCAUCUUCUUUCCUGCAUACAGCCCCCAGAAGCACAUGGACUACCCCGGUGGACCGAAGGAGAUCCCCUUCUAGGACGUUUGCACUAUCUUCCGGGCCGGGACGGAUUGGACAUGUCGAAAUUCAUCCAACUUUACCGAGCAUGACGACGUUAAACUUCGGUCGAGGCUCCGGAGAGGAUUAUCCCCAGGAACAAUUACGAACACCCAGCAUUACGAGCAGCAACAGUUAUGGGACAGACGGAGGUUCGCCUGCCUACGCACCCUCAAAAUUUGGACAAGAUUUUCAUCACCCUAGCCGAAUACAAUCCCUCUCAGUAGGGUCAGCCCACCCCUUUGAAAGAACACGAUUCUCACCGCCGAAUUACUCACCGACAGCACCAUACGGCCACCACCAAUAUCACGAAACAUUUAUGCGCAUUCGCGAUUACAGUAUGGGGAUGAAUGGAGAAGGAAAACAACGGAAACGCCGCGGGAAUUUACCAAAGGAAACUACAGACAAAUUACGGAUGUGGUUCCAUGCCCAUCUACACCACCCCUACCCGUCAGAAGAAGAGAAGCAAGACCUGAUGAGAGAAACAGGUUUACAAUUGAAUCAAAUAUCCAAUUGGUUCAUCAACGCAAGACGACGACAACUACCCGCAAUGAUUAACAAUGCUCGCGCUGAGUCUGAUGCCAUGACAGUACGUGGAGAAAGCAAGUUAAUACCAUCGACGGAACGGAGCGAGUACGAUGUGGACAACAAACCCCUCAGCGAUAGCGAAGGAAGUACUUUCCAAGACUCCGAAAUAGAUUCGAUAAAACGACGUAGGGUCACCCACGUCAACCGCGGCAGCAUAUGAAGUGUGGGAAAAAAAAUCAUAAGCAUAUCUGUAUUACUAAGGGUGGUAAUGUUUAUGAUACAUAAAGCUUUUCGAGAUUAUCAUUCGAAUUAUUGGUUUACUCUUUUGAAGAUCACAUAUGAAAUGGGCGUACGACAUCUUUUUUUUCUUGUAACACUUUCCCAGGCAAUUCAAAAACUGGGCAUACGGGUCAAACCUGGUUGUUUCACGGUUCAGGCGUACAAGGG